AUGGCUCUCCCUUCGACGCCCCUCUUCAUUGAUGGCGAAUGGCGCGCAUCCAGCAGCGGCGCCACAUACGAAGUGCGCAACCCGAACACCGGGAGGGUAGUCGGCACCGCCGCCUCAGCAACCGCGGAGGACUGCGCGGCUGCCGUGGAGGCCGCCGCGCGCGCAUUCACGACGUGGGAGACCUCCCCGCUUCCGCUUAGGCGCGACAUCCUGCUGAAGGCGUCCGACCUCCUCGCAAGCGACGAGUACAAAGUACGGGUGAUGGCGGCGGUGGGCGAGGAGACGUCCGCGACCGCUGAGACGCACGUCUGGAACAUCCUGGGGCCGACUAACGAAUUGCGCAACUUCGCGGGUGCGAUCGGGCAGCUGAAAGGCGAGGCGUUCACUUCGCACAUUCCGGGGGGUCAGGUGUUUUGUCAGCGCAGACCGCUCGGUGUCGUUCUCAGUAUCGCACCAUGGAAUGCGCCCAUUGGGCUGACUAUCAGGGCUGUAGCGCUUCCCAUUGUGUGUGGAAACACGAUCGUCCUGAAGUGCUCGGAGGUUAGCCCGCGCACUCAAGCGCUCGUAGUCGAGAUAUUCGAAAAGGCCGGCUUACCGAAAGGAGUCCUCAACUUCAUUUCGACGGCGAAAGAAGACUCGGGCCCCAGGGUGGCCGAGAUCAUCGCGCACCCUGCUGUGCGCAAGAUCAACUUCACAGGAAGCGACAACGUUGGAAAGCUCAUCGCAGCUGAGGCGGCGAAAUACCUGAAGCCCUGCGUAUUCGAGCUAGGCGGAAAGUCGCCUGUCAUCGUACUGGACGAUGCCGACAUCCCGCGCGCUGCCCGCGCAAUCACGUCUUCCGCAGUCCUCCAUGGCGGCCAGAUAUGCAUGUCGACGGAGCGCGUCAUCAUACAGAAGGGCGCGGCCGACGCGCUUAUCGCUGAGCUCACUGCACUGUUCAAGCAGGUUGUAGCUGGGGACCCGCAAUCCGACCCAACGGUCGCCUUUGGAGGGCUGUUCACGCAGGGCUCGGCGGAGAACGUCCUGAAGAUGAUCAAGGAGGCCGUCGACGCGGGCGCGAAGCUUCUCGUCGGAGACCUUACAAGGGACGGCGCGGUGGUGCAGCCACACAUUGUCGCUGACGUGACGCCGGGAAUGCGACUUUGGCAGCGGGAGAGCUUCGGGCCAGUUGCGGCACUCAGAAUAGUCGACACGAUCGAUGAGGCUGUUGCCGCGGCCAACGAUUCAACGUACUCGCUCGUGGCAGGCGUGUGGUCGAGAGACGUUCACAAUGCCUUCGACGUCGCCGCGCGGAUUCGGGCAGGUUGCACGAAUAUCAACGGCCCUACGAUUCAUUCCGAGUGGAUGAAGGGGCAUGGCGGACUUGGAGGUUCGACUGGCUACGGCCGCUUCACUGUCGAGGAGUGGACCGAUAUGCGCACGAUGGUCUUACACCCUGCCCGAGAGCCGCCAUACCUCAUCACAUCCAAGCUAGCGAGGUUGACUUAG